AUGUCUACAACAACCUCCACCUCCGCAGCCGCAACCUGCACCGGCAACGCCUGGGUCCUCCCCGUCCAAGACAUCGCCUGCGCCGUGCGCUCCACAUCCGGAAACUACUCCUCGAUAAUGGACAAAUGCUGCGGCGUCGCAGACGUGGAAUCCUACAACGACGACUGCGGCCUCUACUGUCUGGCACAGGAACAAUCGGGCGACGACCUGCUGAAAUGUAUCCAGGACAACGGCGCCGGCGACAGUGAUGUCUUUUGCGGAGGGGGGAAUCUCACACAGACGGCUACGGCUGCUGUGCCGAGUUCGACGGGCGGGAGUGAUGAUGGGAAUGCGACGAGCACGGGGGAUGCGGCGGAGCCCUCGGAUACGGGGAAUGCGGCGCCCGCGCUUGUUGCGGCGCCUGUGAGUAAGGCGGGCUUGGGGGUUUUGGGGAUGUUGUUUGCUUCGGUGGUUUUGGGGGUUGUUGUUUAA